AUGUCGACCUCGUCCAUGCGGAAGUUCCAACACAGAAAAGAUCUAUGGCCUCGGCGACUUCUACUUGCUCUCAUCAUUCUCUUUCCGUGUUUUUGUGUCUUCUCGCUCUUCGCCGUUCUGAAACACGCACUCGAAUCGCAUUACACUCGUACGAGCGGGGCGCCGAGACCACAUACUUCGCCUGGAGGCUCCAUCCCGCCGCUCGCCGCUGUACAACCGCUAUCUGCCAAAUGGUCGGCUGGUAUUUCUGUAUCCGACUCUAACUUGCCACAUUUCACUCUCGACUCAAGACCGGACUAUCGAGCCAUCACUAGCUCACACUAUGACGCCACAGAUUAUGCACAACAACUUCUACACGCUCGACCUAUCGGUCCUCGGUCUCUCGCAAUCAUCCUUCCUGUAACCUCUCAAAGCCUCUCCCAUCUGGAAACGACUAUCCUUUCACUCUACCAAGACCCCGGCGCUGUCACAGAAAUCAUCGUCCUAGCCUACGAACCCAUCCUCUCACUAACACGCCGUACACUUCGUACCAUUAUGACCACGAUCUCCCCCAAUCCCGACAUCAUCUUCCCCACUGAGAUCACGCUCCGAAAUUGGAAACCUAUCCUUACGCAAGCCGAAGCGUCAUUGCGGUGCAUGUCCCGCAACAGUGGCACGAGUGAGUGGGUCCUGGUUCUUGACCAGCGGUAUUUUGAAGGGGUGGGGGAGGAGAUGAGGAACAUGUUAUUGAGCCCGCCAAAUGUUUCGUUCCCGCUUGGAAUAAGAGGGUCAGGCGUUGGAGAACGUGAGGUGUUGUCUUACGCUGGUUUGAGGGGGUUCGAGGAGGACGAUGUGGCCGGAGAGGUGGAUUAUCAGGAAAUCUCCCAUUCUGAGGAGCUACGUCCGGUCUCGUUCCUCGUCCCGCCUUUCGUUCUUCCGACUCGACUCCUGGGUGACAGCAUCGACAGGACAUCUGCAUCCAACUUGAAAGAUACCGACACUCAUCUGAGCUCUUGGGCAGCUUUUGGACACUGGAUCUCGAGUACUCGCCCGGACAAAAUCGGAGGCGUCGCUCUAGGGUACGGAGAAGCUUCAAGUACGACAUCGGGCUAUCAUACUCAGCACGGGAGAGGCGAUAUUACGAGCGACCAGUGGGCCGCCGACUCUGGUGUUCUUUCUUCUCUUCCUCUAGCCCAGGCCUCGCUCUCUCAGACUCGUCUUCUCGGGAUGUUCGGCAUACUUAUGUAUUCUCUGGAGGACCUCGCUCGCUUCGCUCCUGUGGCGUGUAGGCUCGUGAAAGAUGGACAUCAAGUGGAGAUAUUGCUUUAUGGACAGGGGCAAUCGCGCAGUGUUCUUAAUCCCGACCUCGAGGAUGGAAGCAAGAUGUUUGUGCAGGGCACUGUCUCUGGGCCUGGCCAAUGCGAUCUUCGUUACCGAUCAAUGGCUGAGCAGCAACGAUCGCCGUAUAGGACUUUGGCUACAUGGCUCGAUGGCUUCAUGGAGUCUCCGGAUGUGCUCGUAUCAUCUGUGGAAGACGAUAUAUUUGGCGAUACUCUCUCUAUACAACUUAAGGAGCGGCGAUGGGACAAGAUGGCUACAUUGAUUCGGCUUCCUCGAGGCGAUUUGCCGUACAGUGACUGGAUGGGAACGCUCUCACUGGAGGAGUGGAAACAUUGGAACAUACCCCACAUAGACCUUAGCGUCAUCACUGACAGCCGUCCAGCCUCCCUCGGACGCCUGCUCAGCUCUCUACAAAAUGCACGCUACUUCGGUGACAAACCUCGGCUACGAAUCAACAUCGAGGACUCUGCAGACGAAGAGACCCUCAGCAUGGUCGAUCAGUUCGAGUGGCUUGGAGGUGCGGAGAACGUCUUCGCUCAUCAUCGGGUGGUGCAUGGGGGUCUGCUUCCUGCUGUGGUCGAGUCGUGGUAUCCUUCAUCGGACGAUUCGUAUGGAUUGCUGCUGGAGGAUGAUGUCGAACUUUCACCGCUUUUCUACGCUUGGGCGAAGAUGAACGUUCUCCACUACAGAUACGGUAAACCAUCGGACAAAUCCUCGUCCUUGUUCGGCAUCAGCCUCUUCCAGCAAAAGAGCAUCGAGCUUCGCCCGGAAGGUCGUACACCCUUCCAUCCACGUCAGCUAUUCGCACACUCCGGUCUCGAACACCCCAACACCCCCUACCUCUCCCAAAUCCCAUGCAGCUGGGGCGCAAUCUACUUCCCUUCCCAAUGGCGCGAGUUUCACGCCUAUCUCUCCUUGAGACUCUCUGGCCUCGACCCUUCGUCGCCUCAUCACCUACCAUCAGAAGACAUCGCGCUCGAUGUGAGAUCGAACAGGUGGAAACAUUCGUGGAAGAAAUACUUCAUCGAGCUGGCGUAUCUUAGGGGAUACGUGAUGCUUUAUCCGAAUUUCGCAGAUUUCAAGUCGCUGUCGACGAAUCAUCUGGAGGUGGGGUCCCAUGUCAAGAAGACACCAAGAGCGAUAUACGACAAGAAAAAGGCACUAUUCAACUUACCCCUCAUGCCUCUUCCGAACGUCAAUAUGACCCUCCCCCCUUCAGUGUUUCCCUCGAUGGGAAAGGAUCCAGAGAGGACGCGAGAGCUAGAAGGGGGUACAUGGAGGAUAGUGGAACAGUUGCAGACGGGUUUGUUGGAUCUGCCUGAGGGGAGACUGCCGAGCUGGAGGGACAUGCCCGUGUUAGAUCUGCAUGGGGAGUUUGCGUCGGGGUUGGAGAUCAAGGAGAGAGGAGCAGCACGGAGGAUGGAGCUGUUAGGAUGCUCUACAUCGAGCUUUCAGUCGGGUCAUGGACCAGCGUACAAUGCGAGGGCAUCAUUGUGUUUGACACCGUAGGUGCAGUGAUUUAUCGUUCUGCGUUCUUUCUAUGUUUCUACUAUUUCUGCGAGCAGGUCUCGGGGAAUCGAUACCCACUCACUGUUAUUGUUUUGCGAGAAUCGGAUCCGGCCAUGAUACAAUCACUA